AUGCAAAAAAACAUUUUUUCAGCAGAUAUAUCAAUUGAUACGAAUUCUGAUUCUUCGGCAAGUAAUAUGCCUGACAUUCAGCAAAUACCAAGCCAAAAAAAAAUAGAAAAUCAAAAAAAAGGAGGGAAUCGAAAAAAACAAGGAAAUCGAAAAAAGGGAGGGUGUCCAAAAGAUAUAGUGUGGGAGUAUUUUGCAAAAGGUGUAGCUGCAGACAAAUAUGGCCAUUAUGUGCAACUUGCCAAUAUUGUGGAGAAAACUGGUCAAGAGGAAAACCGAAAAUCAUCUUGCAUUACAUUGUGA